AUGAAAACUUGUGUAAACGUGGCAUAUUCCAUGUGGUUUGAAAUUGGAGCAGCAAUGAUUAUGACUUGGCCAUAUGAGGCUGGUUUGGUGCGCAUUUUUGAUGGUGAGAAGAAAAAAUUGAGAUUAACAAAAAAUAUUUAAAAUACGCUUGACAAGAGAGAUUUUUGACAGAAAAUGCGUAAACUUUUCAGAGAUCAGAAGAAGUUUGAAAAAAUCACGUAGACUGAAUUUACCUCCACAAAAAACCUGUUUUCUCCAGAUUCUUCCAAACCCCCAAUCGGCCUAGAAACUCCAAUUUCCGAACUCGAUGACACCUCCCAAAUCGCUCCUCUAUUUUUUGCCUCAUUUUUAAUUUGGCACUACAUAACAACAUUAAUUGGUGGAAUGGUGAUAUUUGUCGUGGAGCGAACAAUCGCUUCAUUUUGUUUCAGUGACUACGAGAAAAAAUCGCGGCGAUUCAUCGCGAUUGGAUUACUCGCGUCAUCGCAAAUUGGUGCGAUUUUCUUCGCAUCUCUCACUUUUUUCUAUUUUAUCAAUUUACGAGAAGCUGUCUUCAUUGGCUCACUUUUUGUGGCUUUUGUCAUAAUUCUCUUUAUUUUUCUCUAUUUUUAUAAUACAACUCUUCAAGCAAAAUUAGAUUUUGGAUCGGCGAAUUUUAAGAAUAGCAAUUUUUAUCCAUUAGCUUCUAAAUUUCAAGCAGCUGAAAAUGCGAGAUCAUUGAAGGUUUGCUGGGGGGAAAAUUAUGGAAAAUGACAUCAUUUUUUAGCUGGCUUUGAAUGUUGUCUCUUUGAUUUUUGGAUUCACAAUACUUGCAAUUAUAAUGGUUAUAAUUAAUGCUUUUCAUUUAUUUUCCAAAGAUGUUGAAUCGCUGGCCAUUUCAGUUUUCUACGCAAUUUUAACUUUGUAAGUGAGGUCGGAUGUUUAGCACCGCCAAAAAAUCUACUUCUGAAUUCUGAAACCUUCUACAGUACCUCAAAUUUUUUUUUUUUUUUUGAGAAAUCCGCUCUUCUUCGUUCCGACAGCAAUGAUGAGUAUUCCUGAAUGGCGAAGCGCAUUUCUAAAAACAAUUCCUCUCCUGCGACAUCGCGUGAAUCCAGCGACGAGUCGCGUCGUCGCAUUUCGCCGAAUGUCGCAAGAAUCUGAACUGUAUUUUGUGCAACUUCGAGAAACUUGGGGUUAA